CUUUGUUGGAGGAAGAGCAAAUUCAACUGCGUUUAUUGAAAAAUGUUGAAAGAUCAAUUUGGGUUGAAACCUUUGCGAAGACAUUUGUUUCCAUGCCGGAAGUAAGAACGCCUUUAAAGCAAAUGAUGAACGAUGACUUGGAGAGUCCCUUAUCAACUGCUUCAGCCAAAACUUGGGCAGAAGUUGAAAGGGUGGAACCGGAUUUGGCUAGUCUUAAUGCGUCCUUUUCGAGAAAUAGGACACUUAGCUCUCCCGGAAGGAUGCUUAGUUCUUCAAACCUAAAUAUGAAGACUCCAAGACAACCUUGGCUGAAUCUCAAAUCUGUUCAAGAGAAUGAUGACAAAAUGAACACUCUAGAGGACCCUAUCACUUUAGGCCUCUUCGACUUGAAUACAGGCAAGUUUGUGCAGAGCACCUCAACGCAGGAAAAGAAUACGAAGAGACCUUUUCAUGCGGAAGAGCUUCAUUCGAGUGAGUCAACUUUUAGUUUUGCGGAACUCGACCCACGUUCCAAGGAGUUUUCACCCCAGACGUACUUGCGCGUUGUGCACAAAGAAACUAGUCUGGAUAUUCUGAUAAGUGGAUUGGAGAAUGUUAGUGAUAGUCUAAAAGUCAAUGCAGAAAAAACUUCGGAAAUCUUGAAACAAAACUUAGACCGUAUUUUCAUAUGGAAGGAUGCUGUUCUAGCAAGAUACAGAAAACUUGAAGACUUGGACUCGGCUUACUCUUUCAAGUUAGAAAGUCUUUCUAAGAAGACAGAGGAACUUGUUAGUUACAUCUAUGGAAAUUCGUUCAAAGCAAAUGCGUUAUAUGAGAGAAGAAAGCGUGCCUUUGACCUUAUCAUUCAACAUCGCAAUUUCUUUCAACUUCCUAGUCGACUAAAGCAAGCAUUAAUAUCAGGAAGCCGCUCUCAUAUAAUGACCGAGUAUCAUAGUAUCAAUUCUAUGUUACAGGCACAAGCCUCAAAUGCUGUUGUAGAUAGGAUAAAGUUUACGGUCGAAGCGCAGAUGAGUGAAUACUUGGAAGGUAUAUAUCGUCAAAUUACCGAUACAGGAACUUCAAAAGAAAUUGUUGACAUACUUAUUAACUUUCUACUUCAAUUGCAACCCUCGAAGAAUCACCUUGAACGAAUUCUUGAGUUGCGUGUGGAGAAUUCGAUUUGUAAAAUACAGAAGCUGUACAAUGAAUUGGUGCAAGUAAACAAGGAACAGAAGGAGCUUUAUGAAAAGUGUCAAAAUGUGCAAUCUUAUCAACCAAACCAUAACUCUCUUGGAAAUACAACAGUUUCACGUUCUUUUGCAAAAAGAACGAAAAUUGUUGAAAGUUUAUGUAUUACAUAUGUUGACUGUCUUUCAGAGCUAGAGAGAUUUACCCUUAGGCUUAUAACAUCGAAAUAUCCAGUGAGUCAGUUGGCAGGAUUUCGGGCGGUGAAGAGGACUUUACCUGGCAAAAACGAAGAAUAUAGCACCGGAUCGAUUCCAACUUAUAUUUCAGAUAUUACUUUGUCCAUUAGCAAACGAGUUUCAGAUAUUUUUUCCUCUUGUCUUUCGUUUCUCCUCAAUUUUUGUUCCGAUAAUCGUUUCCAACUAAGUUUGGAAGAGAUGAUAGAACUUCGAAGUUGCCAAAAGAACAUAUCUGAACUGAAGCAAACCUUUUUUGAUCUGAAUUCUGCUUGCUUAUAUAUGGACAAAAUAGUUGACCAAUAUUUCGAUGAUAUGUUAAAUCAAGUUUUUGCCUCUUUGAAAGUUAUUGAGGAUACCGUUGAUGAGAAUUUUAUUCACUUUUUCGUUCAGAUUACAACAGAAAGCUCACCUUUCAGUGUUUGUUUGAAGGAAGCUAUUUCGACAAUAUUGAAAUUUUUUGAUACGGCUUUGGAACCACCUCCACCAGUAUUUAAUCAACUUUCUGGUCAUUUGUUUCAACUUUUUAAGAAGCUUUCCCAAAAAAUAGUCGACAAAGAACGUAGCGCUUUGGACAUCUCAGAAAUUUCAGAAAGUGUUCUUUGUUAUUGGAAUCACACUUUGAUGCUUUCUCUGGCAAAGCACAGAGCGCAGUGGAGCACAUUAAAGUUAGAACUUACACUGGAAGAAGAAGAUAUCAUCAGUGUCCUAAAGGAAAAUUCCAGAGUUCUACUGGACUCUUGUGUUAAGAAGAUUUCUUAUGAGAUACAAAAAGCAUUGAUUUUAUUGGAAGAGGAGUGGCGACAAUAUAAGGAUGAGGAUCUAGAUACGUGUCAACUAGAAACAGAAAUAUUUAAUGCCUGGUUUAACUUUCGUAAGAACAUUACUUAUUUGCAUGUCAUUCCAUCAUCCACAAGAAUGACGGUACUGGACAACGUCAUGGAACAUCUGAAAGAACUUUUAACAGGUUUCUCCACUUCCUCUGAUAUUUUGCAGCGAAUGGAUAGAAAGCAUUUGAAAAUUUUCCAAAUUCUGCUCUCCAGUGUUAGUAUUGUCGAUAUUUUUGCAUCUUCUAUACACUGUUCCUGCUUCGAUCAAAUUCAUGCCAUGAAGCAAGAAAUAUUUCGAGCAAGUGAAGAGCAAAAUAUUUCUUUUGAACAAAAGCAGAGUUGGCUGCAGAUGGAAGAAUUUUGGUCUGUUCCCAUGAUACUUAUUAGUGAAUGAUUCUCUUCAAGUUUGUUUUCGAGUUGGAAGAAACUAGAAAAUGCUUUUGUUAUGUGUACAUAGAUUGUGUUCAUUAUAAGAACCUUAAAAGGCUUUAUCUGAAAAUUGAAGUCCAUUUUAAGAAGACGGUAGAAAUAUUACAGAAUAUCUCCUAAGCAUUCACAAGU